CAGGGAACCCUGACGUUGACGUUGCCGGACUCAUCGGCUUCGUGGAUGGAAAUGGAAAACAAGACUCCAUCGGGGUUUGUGGGUUGUGCCUGGCUUCUUACCUGCGUAUCCAUGUGUUCCGAGUCUUCCAUCCUCCAUUUACUUGGGUGCCGGUGAGCGGAUACCCGGUAUCGUUUUGCAGACCACUCCUCCAUUCAUUCAUUUUUAUUUUAUUGUUGGCCAGGGCCGCCCUACCUCUGUUCCACCCUCAUUAUGCACGCCCGCUGCCUCCGCAAUGGCCAGUGUUGACGUUUCCAGUAAUGCCCCGUCCGAUCCCUUCUCUGAUCGAGCCGCAAUCCAAGACGAACGCGAGACGGUCGCAGAGUCCACGCUGGGCGUCGGUCGCAAUGCCACGCUGACCCUCGGCACUGACGCCGUCAUUGUUCUCGAUGAAGGUCUCCGCAUGAGCGAAGGAUUUGAUUGCUUUGGGCUCUUUUCUCAGAGAACUACCAACACCCGAUCCAUUCCUUACUUUAAUGUCCUAUGGGCGGAAAUCGUAAAGAGCGAACUCACCAUUCACUACGCAAAACCGACCUCCAAGUCCGCAAAUUCCCCCGUGCGCGUUGCAUACAUCAACUAUACCCUCGAAAAUUCUACGGCGAUACUGGAGAAGGCAGAAAGAUGGGUUGAGCGUCUGUUACGACGGGCCUAUGGCCAAGCUCAACGCAACAAAAGGAUAAAGGUUCUGAUAAACCCGUUUGGAGGGAAGGGCAAAGCAGUUAAAGAAUACAGUAAAGAGAUCGAACCUAUAUUUGCGGCAGCGCGAUGCGAAGUCGACGCCGAGCAAACAACGCAUCGUGGCCACGCGGCCGAGAUUGCUCAGAACUUGGACAUUAAUGCAUUCGACGUGAUUGCAAGCGUCUCCGGAGACGGACUGCCCCAUGAAUGUAUCAACGGCCUUGCAAGGAAACCGAACGCGGCCGAGGCCCUCAGAAAAGUGGCAGUCGUUCAACUUCCCUGCGGUAGUGGAAAUGGUAUGGCGUGGAAUUUGACCGGGACAGGCGAGUGCAGCACGGCCGCUUUGUGCAUUGUGAAAGGUGUACGGACUCCACUGGAUCUCGUCAGCAUCACACAGGGAGAUACCAGGACGCUCUCGUUCCUGUCGCAGUCGCUCGGGAUAGUGGCAGAAAGUGACCUGGGAACAGAGAAUCUUCGAUGGAUGGGCGAUGCCCGGUUCUACUUUGGCUUUCUCGUCCGGCUCCUGGGUAAGACGCUUUAUCCUUGCGACAUCGCCGUGAAGACGGAGAUUGAGGAUAAGCAAGAGAUCAAGAGGCACUACGCCCAGUACAUGGCCAAAAGGACGACCCAGGCCCCGAUCUCUUAUUCUGAUCUGGACGGUCCGUUGGAUGUAUCCAAAAGUCUUGGACUCCCGCCGCUAAAGUAUGGCACAAUCAAUGACCCUCUGCCCACCGACGCGGGCUGGACUCCCCUAACCUUUUACCCCAACCUGGGCAACUUCUACUGCGGCAAUAUGACGAUGAUGGCACCGGAUGCGCCCUUCUUCCCUGCUUCCCUCCCGUCAGACGGUCUGCUCGAUCUGGUCACCAUCGACGGCGACAUCCCGCGACGGAAAGCGGUCGACCUCCUACUUUCUGUUCCCAAGGGUACCUUUUUCGACAAGGAAUGCGUGCGCGUCAGGAAAGUCAGCGCUCUCCGUGUGAUUCCGCGGUAUGGGACGCUGGCGGAUUCCGCGGGCGAGAACGACCAGCGACCCAACAAGCCGGACCGGGCGGCCGGCCAGACAGAGACUGGCAAGCACGAAGAUCGAGAUGCUGGCCAUUUCUCCGUCGAUGGAGAGAAGAUGCCCUUUGAACCUUUUCAGCUGGAAGUUCAUAGGGGUUUGGGCACCGUCUUGAGUCGGCGCGUAGGGGUCUAUGAAGCGAUUGGGCCGAAGGGCUGGGAAGAGAUCGAUGUCGGUGCCCCUACCACUGCCAAUCCACGGUCCCAAUGAAGGUGAGCUGGAUCGACGGAUGCAUCAAUACAGGAAUCCGCCACCAAACAUGGUGGUCCGUACCAGAGAGGGAAUGAGGAUUCCGCCGCCAUCAUCCGACUAAUUCGCCCAUCCUGAGACCGUGGUCAGCCUUGCUUCGGAGGCUGGUUGUACCGUCGCUAUCGGGAUGUGGUUUCUUCUGUUUGCGACGGGUCUUGGUCUACAAUAGCAACGAACAGCAUUGGAAAACGAAACAACAAAAAACAGCAAAGCUGGCGCACAAGGCGCAGCAAAAUGGUGCCAUCAUAAAAAGAGAUACCCAUAUACGCACGCAACUCUGCCGAUUUUUCUCGCGAGCAUUCAACACCGAGUGGGGGUGUAGGGGGUGGGUGGUUGUAUAGUAUCUCUUGCUCUCGCUCUUGUUUUUAGAGGACAUAGCGAAUAUUAUAGAUGCGGAUGAUUCUCCAGGUUUUGGAAAUUGCAGAAUUGCUUCCGCGGACUUUGGAUUGGUGUUCUAUACCUAUGUAGUUCCAAGUAGACAAAUCGUACGAUGCUGGAG